CCACUGACUCACACAGUGUUCUACUUUGUUUCCGCGCCCGGUUUCGCAGAUUUAUUAUUAUAUCAAGAAAAUGAUCAGCUGAUUCUUUCCUAAUUUUAAAUAGUUUUUCUUUCAUUAUUUGCAUUUUACCAGAAUAGCAUAAAUUUCAAAAUAACUUUCCGCUUGGUCGUAGGAAGUAUGUCUCUCACGUUCUGACUUGCACGUACUCAUUUGUUAUCUGCAGAAUGUCGAACGGUCAAGGAAGUUACAAUUUUAAAGUUGUACUUUUGGGGGAAGGUUGUGUAGGGAAAACAUCGCUCGUCCUUCGUUAUGUGGAAGAUAAAUUCAACGAUAAGCAUAUAACCACUUUACAGGCUUCAUUUUUGAACAAAAAGCUGAACAUUAAUGGAAAACGAGUUAAUCUUUCUAUUUGGGACACAGCAGGACAAGAAAGAUUUCAUGCUUUAGGCCCCAUCUAUUACCGAAUGUCCAAUGGAGCUAUCCUGGUCUAUGAUAUUACUGACGAAGAUACAUUUAAGAAGGUCAAAAACUGGGUGAAGGAGCUGAAGAAAAUGUUGGGCAGUGAGGUGUGCCUUACUAUAGCAGGUAACAAGGAAGAUCUAUCAAAGGACAGGAAUGUUUCCAUUGAAGAGGCACAGAGGUAUGCUGACUCUGUUGGAGCUAAGCACUUCCUUACAUCUGCCAAAUUAAAUCAGGGUAUUGAAGAAAUGUUUGUGGAAUUGAGUCACCGUAUGAUGGAACGCCAUGCUGAAGUUGAACUUGCCCAGGCGCAAUCAACGUUGGGACGAGCAGGAAGUAUGAGGCGUAAUGUAAUGGUUGUUGAAGAUGAUAUGAUGGUGCCUCCCGAUAACUCAGUGAAAGGUGCUUGCUGUGGUGGUUAUCGAGUUGCUUCAUCAUGAAAUAACUUUUAAAGAGCUUGGUCUUUGGACAAUUUUUAUCUGCUGGUUGAUCUACUUGGACCCAUAAGCAUUGUUAACAGCAGCGUAUUUAAAAUGUCACAAUACAGUCCAGGAAGCUUGUGGUUGUCUGUUGUAUGUAUAUAGUCUAAUAGAAUGGAUGUUAUAAGCGAUGUAUCUGUGAUCUAAAUGUGUACAAAUGAUGUUAUGUGGAAGGACUUUCAGUUGUUAACUUUUUUACUGUUGUUAUCUCAGUGACCACUCAUUUGAUACAAGAUGGUUUAUGUAACCACACACUUGUCCACGAGAGUUUAGUGAGCUCCCAUUUCUUACCUUGUGAUUUUUUUUGUCUUGCACUUUGUGCCAGUCUGAAUCUUGUGGCAUAGCUCAGAUGGAACUCUUAAUUGUGAAAAAGAAUUGGCCAUGGUUCUGCUUUUGAUUAUUACAAAGACAAAAGUAGAGUGUCCUGUUGGUUGUAUCUAACUAAUAUUGAAACCUCUAGUCGCUUCUCUCCAGUAUGGAAAUGAUUCAUUCCACUAGAAAAAAAUAUAUGAAUGUCCAAUGAAAAUCAUGAAACCAAACCUUUUAAGUAAUAUUGACAAAAUAGGUAAAAGUUUGACUUUUCAAGGGUUUGAUUACUUAAUAAUUUACAGAGCUAUCUUUGACUGGACUACUGCUGUAGGCUGUAGCACUGGAUGCUAUUGUUACAAAAGUUAAGGUACUGUUCACUACUUACUACCAGAUCCCUCUACCAUUAUUUCAUAAUGAAUUUUGCAAAAUUAAUUUCCUUGACAUUAUCUACGUGUAGAUGUGCUUAAUGUUUCAGUAGUUCUAUGGCUUGUAUGUGGAUAUAGAAUGGCUUCAAUAGUUUGUAGCCUUGCUGGAUCCAUUUCAUUCAAUUUUAAUUGCAAAAGGCAUUUGGAGAAAUUGUUGAUUCCAAAAGGAUCAUUUGGUUUCUCUAGUCACCCUUAAGUUAAAAUUAAGGUGCUUGUAUUAAAGGAGCUAUAUCGGCACAAUUUCUUUUCUUUUUUUAUAUCUGUGAUGAUUUGUGUAAAGUACAGUUCAGAUUGUUGUCAACAGUAUUAUACUCUUGUGCAUAGUUGUCUUAUGUUUCAGAACAAUCUGUAUCCAAUUUUUUAGCUUUGCAGCAUUCUGUACAUGAAAAAUGUCUUGUAUAAACCACUCAAUGAAAAAUGAAGGACAUAUUUGAAACAAA